GUGGUCUUCGGUUCAAGAGUGCGUUGAUGUCUUUCUUUCCGGUUGUCGGCCGGCAUUGGCCUUAAAAAAGCUGACAUGGCAAAGCUCAACCGCUUCGUGUCUUCUUCUCGGAGGAAGAACAGGAAAAGGCACUUCAAUGCCCCAUCGCAUGUUCGUAGGAAAAUAAUGAGCUCCCCGCUCUCCAAAGAUCUUCGGCAAAAAUACAGCGUCCGCAGCAUGCCCAUCAGAAAAGAUGACGAAGUUCAGGUCGUCAGAGGCCAUCACAAGAGUCAGCAGGUGGGCAAGGUGGUACAGGUGUAUCGUAAGAAGUAUGUGGUGUACAUCGAGCGCAUCCAGCGGGAGAAGGCCAACGGGGCGUCCGUCUACGUGGGUAUCCACCCAUCCAAGGUUGUCAUUGUAAAGCUGAAGAUGGACAAGGACCGCAAGAAAAUCCUCGAGCGACGGGCCCGUGGGCGCCAGCUCAAGGACAAGGGCAAGGGGAAGCACACGGAGGAGAGCAUUGCCAUGGAAACAUGAACUUGUGUCACGACAGAGAUCACUAGAUAUAAAACCAACCGGGCUUGUACAAAUUUCAA